CUGGGGCGGGCGGUAGAGGCCGCCGGUUGCGGCGAUCACCUCCUUACUUUUCGGUUGGGUCGCAGAACCGUCACCAUGUCCCUGGCAGCCUCGGCGGGCCGGGGCCCCGGGGCCGUGUGGUCCCCGACGCACGUGCAGGUGACGGUACUGCAGGCGCGGGGGUUGAGGGCCAAGGGUCCCGGGGGCACGAGCGACGCGUAUGCGGUGAUCCAGGUGGGCAAGGAGAAGUACGCCACCUCGGUGUCGGAGCGCAGCCUGGGCGCGCCCGUGUGGCGCGAAGAGGCCACCUUCGAGCUGCCGCCGCUGCUGUCGGCUGAGGCCGCGCCCGCCGCCGCCGCCACCCUGCAGCUCACCGUGCUGCACCGCGCGCUGCUCGGCCUCGACAAGUUCCUGGGCCGCGCCGAGGUGGACCUGCGGGGGCUGCACCAGGACCAGGGCCGCCGGAGGACCCAGUGGUACACCUUGAAAUCCAAACCGGGGAAGAAGGAUAAAGAGCGAGGAGAAAUUGAGGUUGACAUCCAGUUUAUGAGAAACAACAUGACUGCGAGCAUGUUUGACCUUUCCAUGAAAGACAAGUCUCGGAACCCGUUUGGGAAACUGAAGGACAAGAUCAAGGGCAAGAAUAAGGAGAGCGCGUCUGAUACGGUGUCAGCCAUCGUCCCCCACGUGACGCCCUUGGCUGACAGUGAUGACGAGUCUCCUUCCAAAGACAAGAAGAAGUCAAAGAUCAAGACCUUGUUUUCCAAGUCCAACCUGCAGAGAACGCCGCUUUCCCAGUCCAUGUCCGUCCUGCCGACCUCAAAGUCAGACAAAGUGAUGCUUCGUCCUGGAGACUUUGAGUCCCGGUGGGAGGACGAUGACGAGGACAAGUCCUCCUCUGCCUCGGAUGUCUUGUCUCACAAGAGGACAGCAAGCGCGGAUCCUAAGCAGCUGAACCAGGUCAGCUUCAGUCUCCCCAAGAAGGAAGGCCUCUCCUUCCUGGGCGGCCUCCGGUCUAAGAACGAUGUCCUCUCCCGCUCGAAUGUCUGUAUCAAUGGGAACCACGUCUACGUGGAGCCGCCUGAGGCCAAGACCGAGACCAAGGACAGCUCCCCGUCCCCAUCCCCAUCCCCUCAAGACCUCAGGAAGAAGCGGUGGUUCUCAUCUAUGGAAAACCUGGCCUCUCGGCCUUGGAGGGAGCCUGGGGAAGUAGGCGCGGUGCCUUCCGAGUCUUCCACAAAGGACGCCCUCAAGUCUAUGUCCCUGCCGUCCUACCAGCCACAGGUCAGCAGGGACCUUGGGGAGAAUGUGGCCCCAGCAACCUUGGAGGCUGCAAAGGAAACCAAAGAGAGCAAGAAACAGGAGAACAAGAAGCCGGCUCUGCUCUUCCUGGUGCCGGGAAGGAAGGACACGGCCAAGGGCAGCGAGGGCGAAAGCCCUCCUACUGCCGCCUCUGGGAAGGAGAGGGAGGGAGUGCCCGCUGCGCUCAGGGCCGGGGAGCACCAGCCGGGGCCUGCCGAUGACCUUGUGAAGAGAUUGGACAAAGAGGCUGUGCCUGUUGCCUCUGGACUAGGCCAAGCGCCGAACCCCUUUGAAGACGAGCAGCUCCCAGAACCAGAAGCUGACCCAGAGCCCAAGGCUGCACCUGUCCCACCUGUUUUCUCGCCCAGGGCUCCCCAGACCAGAGCUGUGAAACCCCGGCCAGAAGUGUCUCCAGAGGCUCAGCCCGCACCCAGGCCCCCUCCUUCCACUAACUCUCGCCUCUUUCUUUCCACUCUCGCUUCCGGCUCUGGGCAGAUACCUGUCUCUUCUAAACCGGGGCUUGACUCAGAGACACCGUCCUCUGAGUCCCCUUCGGGCUCCUCCUCUGUCUCCUCUCCCAUAGCGGCCCCCAUCUCCACAUCCACCCCAAUUAAGAACUGGCCCUCUGCAGACCCGGGCCAAGCUGGCUCCGAAGAACCGCCUUCGCUCCUGGAACUAGAGCUGGAAAAGGAGACUCGGACCCGAGUUCCAAAUAUUGAUCCCCACGCUGCGGGCUCACUUUCCAAGCAGACACCCUUUCCGGUGACUGGAGAGAGGGAAGACUAUUCACCAGGGAAGACCAGUACUAACGACCUGGCACAGUCUCUGCGUACACAGCCUGAAGAGGGACAAGAAGGAGGGCUUCUGGGCUCUCCCUGGCAAGAACAACAAGAUGAUAUCGCUUCAUCGGACGAGGCCCGGGAAGUAGUAUCUGCUCUUGCGCCCGGGAGAGGCAGGAGGGGCAGCCCCGCUGGAAAGCCCCCAAGCAGGGAGGACCCAGACUCUGCGAAGGACGCAGGUGGCGGUGGCAGGCUGAGUCCUGCAGUUAAAGAAACGGCGCCCCUCCUCCACACGGGGGAGUCGGCCCCCACACCCGACUCCUCGACAACACAGGAACAUGAAGAGAUGGGUCUGGAUGCCCGUGACAGCGGAAAGGAUACCAAGAAGCAGGCGUUGUUUUCCAAGCAGCUCUCUGCGGAAGAGGCCGGGGAGGAGGCCCCCAGGCUGGUCCAUGGGGACAGAGGGGCCCCACAGGAGCCAACAGCACCAGGGGCAACUCCCAGAAACGCGAUGGACACGGGAGACUCCCAGGAGGGGGCGGCCGCGACUGGACCCUCGGCCCUGGCGACUCGUGCUCCCCGCCCCUCCUCCAAGGGGAGCUUCUCAGGGGUUCCCCAGUGGGCGACCGGCUCAGGGAGGGCUGGUCCCCUCUUCAGGAGUCAGGGAGACGACACCCGGAUAGCACGGAACCAGAGCAAAGCCAGUGACCAUGAAGGUCUGCUGUCCGACCCCCUGGGGGGCCUCCAGGCCCCCUGCGAGGCCAAGUCCCCAGGCGUGGCCCAUCUGGACCUGACCCUGCCCUCCAUCCCCGAGGUCGAGUCGGAGGACGAGAGAGGCGAUCAGCCUGAAGACGGUGGAGGGGCGGCCCUGGUGGCAGGCCAGGGAGAAGGGGCUCCAUCCUCCAGCAGGGGACCCGUCCAGCCUGAAGGGGAGAGGGCGCCCAGUGAGGAGGCUGGUGGGUCAGCAGCAGGAAGCCUGCAUGACCCCACGCCGGGAGCACCCAGAGCGCCCGUCCCGGCUUCUGCAGAACAGACCCCAGGCCCCAGCGGCGAUGGUGGGAAGGCAGGACCAGCCGGAGAUGGGAGCCUGCCUCGGCCUCCGGCCGCUGCCCUGGGGUCCCCUGUGUCCAGCUCCCCCACCCUUCCCCCGCUUCCUGCCACACGCUCCUUUCCCCUCUCUGCACACUCUGACACCCCCCACACCAAUACAGCAGAAUCUCAAAAAAAAGCAACAGCCGAGGGCUCCGCGGGUAACGUGGAAAAUCCCGGCAAGAGGAAGCCGCUUCUUCAGGCCCGGGUCUCCCCCUCAGAGACACAGCCGAGCGCUGGAAGCAGGCCGGCCAAGCACAGACUUCAUCCCGUGAAGCCGAUGAACACCACAGCCCCCAGGGUCUCUAACUCCACCUCGGGAACUGCCGCGAUCGUGAGUGAGAACUUGAUCAACGAAGCCGGGAUGAAGAAAUACAAGCCCUCGGACCCCGCAUUUGCCUACGUGCAGCUGACCCACGACGAGCUCAUUCAGCUGGUCCUCAAACAGAAGGAAACGAUCAGCAAGAAGGAAUGUCAGGUGCGCCAACUGGAAGACUACAUCGACAACCUGCUGGUCAGGGUCAUGGAGGAGACCCCGAACAUCCUCCGGGUUCCCUCUCAGGUCGGCAAAAAAGCAGGAAAGAUGUGAUCUGCCGGCCUCCAGCAUCGAGACUCUGCCGUGAGUCUGUCUCCACCAGCUCCUGAGGCCGAGGACUCGCUGUGCCCGACAGCUGGGCACAGAUUGCCAUCUUCCUCCUAGGUUAUCUGGCAGGAGUCCCUCCCACCCACGGAAGCCAGGUCAAUGACUACAACGGAUCUUUUCACUGUCCAUUCCCAGGGUUUCAUUUUUAAAUGCCACUGUGCCUUUAACCACGUUGUAAAUAUUUUAUGGUCCGACCGGAGACAUGGUCAUAAGAUCUGAUCCUGGCCCAGAGGUUCAGAUGGCGCUGGGGGGUAUUAAUUAAUGUAUUUUAAACAUUGGGAUUUUCUUUCUUUGAAUUUGAGAUUUUUAAAGUACAUCUCCCCCCGGUCUUUAAAGCUUCAGGUGAGAUGACAAGGACCAGGCGAUUGGGGCUGUGUUGCACAUACCUUCUUGGCAUUUGAGUAGCUCAGGCAUGGCGUUUUGGCUGCAGACGCUAAAUUUUUGAUACCGUGUAAACCUACUUGACUCCUCGGACUUGGUAUUUUGUUUUGACUGGAGCAGAGGAGUGCAGAGUGUGCCUUUGAGAUUUAUAACAAGCUGCUUUUUCCAGACAUCAGCCUCUACACCACAGUAGCCUUUAAAAUUUGCUCUUUAUCAAUGGAAAGGGACUGUCUAUGGAGGGAAGCAGACCAGGGGACUUAGAGUCACUUUGCACUCAAGGGAAUUGGUCAAAACCCCUCCUCUGGUGAUCACAGAGCCCCUGUGACAGGAGUGGCCGAGGCAGUGCCUUGAUUAGCCAUCGAGUGCCCCAGGCGCUUGCUAAAAUGGUUCUACCAGGUGUGGAGAGAUGGCAGGGGGUCCGUUGGCCCUCUCCCCCCAUGUCUUCGCUUGGCUCCCUGGUUUCCUUGGCAGCUCUUCGUGGCCUCUUCCCUCCUUAGUAUAACAUUGUGAAGAGCAAGAUGAUAUCUAUUUUUAGAUGGCUGUGUUUUUAAAACUAGAUUGACACACUUUUUUUUUUUUUUUUUUUUUUUAAACUAGGACCCCUUAACUAAUAGCACCAGUUCAGAUUCUUCAGGGCUUCUCUGGUGGUUCAGCGGUAGAGAAUCCUGCUGCCAAUGCAGGAGAUGGGGGUUCUAUCCCUGGGUUGGGAAGAUCCCCUGGAGACUCUUCAGGUAAUUUCAUUGUUAGUAACCCGAUAUUAGAAUGUUUUCUAUAUUACUCAUUUUUUGUUGUUGUUCCAGUUGAGACAGAAUCUCAUCAAAUCCCGACAUCUCUCCUCGGGAGAGAAUGUCAUAGGCCAAGGGUGUGGGUAGGGCUUGAGGAGAGAGCAGUUAUUAAAUGGAACUCUCUGUGUUCAUUCUUGUAUUGAAGUUAAGAGGCAAGAUGAUUGGCAGUGGGAUUCCUUCUCAGGAUCACAUCUGCUGCCACAUUAGUUAAUAUCAGCACUUUAAUCUGAAGGAUGAUACUGUAACUUGAUUGAACUAAUUCACUUUUAAUUAUCGAUAGCUGUUUUAUUUAAUACCUUCCUACAUACUGGGGACCACUGUAAACCUCUCAGACGACUUGUAUUUUUGUAGCGCUACGAGAUUUAUUUACAUCCCUAUAAAGAGAACUGGAUGUUUGCUUGAACUCUGGAGAUAUACGUGUAUAUAUUUGUUAUGCAGUGUUUUGUACUUGAUGUCAGUGUACUUGGACUGUGAUAACCCUCGUACACUGGGUGGCAGGGGCCCUGAGUGGUUUCUCCCAGGAAGAGCUCACGUGCAGACCCGAGUUCUUCCCGAAAGCUUUUUGUCGUGGGAGAUCUGCUGCUAGGACCUCGGGGAUGGGACCCGGUCCGUGUUUAAGAGCAAAUUCCUCUGCUCUGAGAUGCCACUCGAGAACUCUGGAGAAUGAAGGACAAUCAACUUCAAGAGUGCCUGGUUUCUACCAACUGCUGGAAAAAAAUUCCACAGGUGGCAUUCCUGCACCUCUCAAGGAUGCUGGUUAACACCUGUCCUUGAGGACUCUGCUGUGAGGGAGAACUCGGUUGGGAAAGCUGGAGCAACAGCUCUGAGCUGUUCACAGGGGCAGGUGGACUGGAGGGCUGGAGCUCCUGCAGCCAGUGUUGGUCUGAGGGCUUACACCCACGUAUCUGCACCAGGAGAGUCUGGUUUAGCCUCUGGCCGCUGAGUUCAUGCUCACUGAACUGAUGAGUCCUGGGAGGCCCUGCUUGGCUGCCCACCUCCCACCCCCAGAAGACCAGUCAGUACUUCAGGGAAGCAUCCAGUGAAAUACCAAACACCUUGUGAUGAACUUCACUGGAGGUCAGCAUCUAGGAAAAAAAUAGUCAAUCCUUUGCCCAGUUGUUUCAUAUCAUCUCUGUCGCUGGACUUUGACAUAUGUCCUGCCCACCGUUUUUAUUUCCUGUGGGUUAGCCUCCCCAGGUAGUGGGAGGGAAGAGCAAGAAAGUCUGCCCUUCGCCACAUGAAUAGCCAUUGACCCGGAGUGGAGGGUGUGUGGGCAGUGAGUGGCACACGUGUGUGGUUUCCAGCUCUGCUGACAGUGGGGGCUCAGAAGGGCACAGAGUGGGGAGGGUCCACGACCCUUAGCCACCUGCCAGACUGAAGGCCAGAGGCAACUUGUUGUAAAAUUAGGCGCGAUCUUCACUCCCCAUGCCCCUUCUCUUUUAGACCCAUUCACCGAUGAAUGGUCCCUCAAGGCUGAAGGAUCUGUUGCCCUCAGCGGGGCGGAGAGCUUACCCCUCCAGUUUCUACACCAAUCUCAAACCUGUGGUUUUCUCAGUAUCUAUCGUGUGAGCUACUGACGUGACCUCUUCCUCCCUCUGAUUGAAAGCUCACCCAGCAUUUCUGGAUUAUAGAAUUCUUAUUUCCUGCCUUGUUACUUUGGGAAUUUUGAAUUUCUUUGCUUUUGUUUUUGAGAAGUAACCUAAAAACUUCCUACAACACUAAAUAAAAUGGUACUGGUACUACCUUUCAAA